ACCUCCGAGGCUCGACUGAGAGGGACACAGUGCAUGAAGGCAGACCACCAUGGCACCGGCUCGCGAUGCCAACGUGGUCAAGUUGGCCGUGGAAUUGCGGCUUAUGGACAUGAGAGCUCACCCUUACCUGGGGGAGUUCAGUCUUCAGCGGCAGCUUGUGGAUUUCAUUAAGGACCUCUGCACGUAUUGGAAGAUUGAAAAUCCAGAGCACUUUGCCUUGCAGUAUACAGAACCACCAACUCAUUAUGUAACUGAAAAGAACCGAAGCAGAAUCAAAGAUGGAACUGUUCUGAUGCUAAUUUACUCUGCAAGCAAGACAGCUGAUGAUAUUCUUCACAAGCUAAAGAAAGGUGUGCUCGAAGAAAAAAGAGAUGCACUCAUAAUGCUUGUGAAGAUGAGCUCAGAUAUCACCUUUGCACAGGAAUUCAUUGCCAAGCAAGGUAUCAUCCUUCUAAUAGCACACAUGGAAAGUCCCAAGAAUGAAGCCAUAAUUUUGCCCUACAUGCUGACCUCAUUCUUAGAACUCAUGGAUCACGGAAUCAUGCCCUGGGAUGACCUCCAGCCGCCCUUCAUUGAAAAGAUGGUGUCUUUCAUAAAUGUGCAGGUGACACCAGAGACACGCACCCUCUCAACAGCGCUGACCAUCCUGGAGAAUAUUGUCCUGAAUAGCCAGAGCAAGUAUACGUUGGUGGAGAAGCAAAUCACCAUACCUCACCUUCUACAGCACAUCUCAAACAGCAAGAAAGUGGAAAUCCAGCAGUCGGUGUUGGCCCUCAUCAACGCCCUCUUCCAGAAGUCAGAGGCACAAAAGAGAAAGUAUUGGGCUGCCACACUUUCCAGCAGGCAAUAUAGGACUAUUCUCACCAAUAAUGUACUCAUACAUGCGGAAACUGGUGGCAUUGGAGCGGACAUGGCACACCAGUUGUAUGUCCUCCAGCAGCUGCUCCUCAACCAGUAUGAAGAAAGGAUGAACACCAGCAUGGACCCCAGCGACCAAGAUGCCACAGACAAGAUCAAGGAACUCCGUCGCAUUGCUUUUGAGUCAGAUGGAGAGUGCAGUAAUAACGUGACCACCAGGAGGCCAGAGUACAAAAAGGAGUACAAGAAACUGGGUUUCCGCAAUGACAUCAAUCCUGCACAAGACUUCAUGGAAACCCCACCUGGCAUGCUGGCUCUGGACAACAUGAUAUUUUUUGCCAGGAAUCACUCGGAUCAAUAUGCCAAGCUAGUUUUGGAGAACUGUUAUCGAGCUGACUCCCAUGAAUGCCCCUUUGGACGAGCCAGCAUUGAACUUACAAAACUCCUCUGCGAGAUCUUGAAGAUUGGUGAGGUCCCAACGGAGCAAGGGCAGACCUUCCAUCCCAUGUUUUUCUCGCAUGAUCAUGCCUUCGAGGAGCUCUUCUCCAUCUGCAUUGUGUUGUUAAAUAAAACGUGGAAAGAAAUGAAGGCAACGACUGAAGACUUCAGUAAAGUAUUGAGUGUCGUGCGGGACCAGAUCACUCGCACAAACAAUGAACUACCUUCAACCCUGGACAAGUUCCGUGUCAAGAUCAACAGUCUCACAUACGCGGAAAUUGCUGAGCUCUGGCAGCAAGAGCGGAUCAAUAAUGAGGAGCAGGAGAUGCAGGCUCCUCCCAUCAAGGAGUUGAGAAAGCAGCUGGAGCCGGAAAUCCUUGAACUGAUCCAGCAACAUCGUCUAAGGUUCCUAGUGGAGGGUACCAGGUUUAGAUAUGGCAGAGGCAUGCGAGCAAAGGACAAGUUCUGGUACUGCCGGCUGUCGCCCAACCAUAAGUUCUUCUACUACGAUGACUGUGAUGAGAAGACUGUGCCAAGCAUAGAUGAGCUGACUAAGAAGAUCAGCAUAGUGGACCUCAAGGGCAUUGUGACGGGGAAGGAGUGCCCGCACAUGAAGGAUAGGACAGGAAAAAAAAGUUCUUCACAAUUAGCCUUCUCCCUUAUUCUUGAAAGCAAUAAUGUCAACGAAACAAACAGCUUAGACUUUGUUGCUCCAGAGGAAACCAUAUAUAAUUACUGGAUAGAUGGGGUAAAUGCCCUACUGCGUCAGAGAAUGCCCAGUGUUGCUGCCAACAGGGACCUGGAGAUGCUACUAAACAUGGAGAUCAAACUGCGCCUCCUUGAUGCUGAGGGGGUCACCAUACCGCAGGGAGCCUCCAUUCCUCCUCCUCCUCCAAAUUACAACUUCUGUUACCAGCUGAACUGAGGCAGGCUUGAGGCUAAAGCUACCUUUGGAAACUAAGGUCUGCUUGAGGUGAAAGCGAUUGUUGUAAAGCAGCAUUGUUAAGUGAUGAGGGUAGAGUGUCUUUUAGAAUGUUUUUGUCCUGUGUGGAACUGGACACAUCAUCAGCACAAAGUCCCUCAGUAAUACCAGUAGGACUUGGUAUUAGUGAUUUCCUCUGAUCACAUGUAAGAUAUUUUUUGUAAAAUGGUGGUGAAGAAACUAGCUGAGGGAAUUUUGCUUUGUUUUAUAUUUUGAUUUGAAAUUUGUGAUAUUGAAACAACAAUCAGACACAAUUCCUGUGAAGGACUGUUGUCAUAUCCACCUGUUGGCAAGGUCAGGGUAUCAUUAGUAUGGGAUAUGCUCAGUCUUGCAUUCAUAAAAAGUAGUUAUGGUAUUGAGAUACUUUCCUUAAAUUAACUUCUGAAAAUUUGUCCUUGUGACACAUGUGUUAGGUAAAAUAUUCAAAGGAAAAUAAUCAUGAAAUUAUUGUAAUUAUAUGGAGAAUUAAAUUUUUGGCUUCGGCAGUGAAGCGAUUACUGUUUUGCCUUGUUCAUUAAUUUUUUUUUUUUUUUCGUGAAAAGACUAAGGUCAUUCCACAAUGUAUUAUAAUGUUGCACCAACAUCUACACAUCAGCAUACAGAGAUGUACAUAUAUAUAUAUACAUAUUUGUACAUGCACUUGCACACACACACACUCUCACAAACACAUGCUCUGUCACAUUAACCCACACACCCAGUCACUUAAUAACACAUUUUUGUACUCAGAGAUAUUCCUCUUUGUACUCCUGUCUUCAGUUGUAGUGGUGCAUGCUUUCCCUAGUCUAAUAAAGUGCUAUUAUUAUUCCCACCUGGGUCACAUAUCAUGCAUCUAGUGUCAUGAAGUCUAGUGUCAAGUAGUGCAAUUAAGAAUCAUGAAAGAU